AAUCAAAUCAAAUAUAUUACAAAAAAAAAAAAAAAAAACCCUCGCACUCAUAGAAGAUCGAAACGCAGAGCUCUGGUGAACAAGUAAUGGUGGUGAGGAGGAAGAAGAUGGAGCAGCAGAGCUUCACCUUCUUCUUCUGCUGUUGAUUUCAUGGCUUCCUCUCAGUCCCAGCAUCGUUGCGUUUUCGUUGGGAAUAUACCGUAUGAUGCCACAGAGGAACAGCUUAUUGAAAUCUGCCAGGAGGUUGGUCCUGUAGUAUCAUUCAGAUUAGUUAUUGACCGAGAAACCGGGAAACCGAAAGGCUAUGGGUUCUGUGAGUAUAAGGAUGAAGAGACAGCUUUAAGUGCUCGUCGAAAUCUUCAGGGUUAUGAAAUUAAUGGGCGGCAGUUGCGUGUUGAUUUUGCUGAAAAUGAUAAAGGGAAUGAUAGAAAUAGAGAACAGGGUCGUGGUGGGCCUGGAAUGACAGCAAAUGUUGACACUCAGAAACAAGCAGGCAUUCCAGUUGUUCAUGGGGAAGCUGUUCAGCAUCAACCUAUUGGUCUUCAUAUUGCCAUAUCAGCAGCAACUGCCAUGACAGCAGCUCUAGGUGGUCCUCAGUCUGGCAUCCAUUCUAACCAAAAUAGUUUGCAGAGUCAGUCAGCAUUGGCACAUGAUCCUUUAACUUUGCAUCUGGCCAAAAUGUCCAGGUUUCAAUUGAUUGAGGUUAUCUCUGAGCUCAAGGGAAUGGCUACACAAAACAAUGAUCUGGCUCGCCAGCUGUUGCUUUCGAGGCCACAGUUGCCCAAGGCACUUUUUCAGGCUCAGAUAAUGCUACAAAUGGUGACCCCCCAAGUGUUACAAAUGCCAAACCUUAGAAUGGUUUCAGAUCAAACCUCACCGUCUUUAGCGAAUGAAGGUCCUGGGGGUCAGCCAGCAUUGCUCCAAACUCUGUCUGGCCUACCUCUUUAUGGACAGAAUAAGAUGCAAUCUGGUUUGACACCUUAUGUUGAAGAAGGCCAAGUCAGCAUCAUGCCUCAUAAUCCUUUGGCCCCUAAUCAAUUAACUGCUCAUUCGAAGCCUCCUGUGCAGCCUAGAAUACCCUUACAACAUUAUCCAACCAACCAAGUUGUACAGAUUGGAACAAUGUCAGGGCAAUCUAAUUUGGUACUUCCUUCUGUGCGUCCCCCAUCUGGGGUCGGUUUGCCUAUUAGGCCUCCAAUUCAACCGACAAGUUCAACUGCUUUGAACCAGCAAAUGCAAGGCUCUUUGCCACAUUCAGUACAUGUUGGACGCUCAACUGGGGCACAUAAUAUUCAAAUGGUUCGUCCAGAUACAAGCUUUCAGCCUGGCCCUUCCACGAGUAGCAGUGCAUAUUCAAAUACUGGAGUAGAGAAAACAAACAUGGUUCAGGAUUUUUCAGAAUCUUUCACUCACCCAUCAAAAUUCAUGAGAUCAGAUAAGGGAAGGAUCCCUUCUCUUCCUGCGGGGAUUAAAGACUUGCCUGUCACCAUUGGAUCUUCCCAUGUUCUUGGAAGUAGCUCAUUACCUGCACCUACAGCCUCUAAAGCAGAAGUGCGGUACCCUGAGCCGCAAUCUUCUCAGCCCCAGCUUCCACCUGAUGUGGAGUCUGUUUUACUGCAACAAGUGUUGAAUCUAACACCAGAGCAAUUGAGUUCCUUGCCACCAGAGCAGCAACAACAGGUCAUUCAGCUCCAGAAGUCUCUUCGACAAGAUCAUAUGCAGCCUUCAUAACUGACAGGAACACAUCAGAACAGUUAAAAAAAAUAAUGCAGCUACUUAUUUUUUAGGCAAGGUAGUCCAUUUUCCCAACUCAGCUUCCAGAAGAUGGUUUGACCGAAACCAAGCCUGUCAGCUCAGCUUGUAUAUUAGCAUUUGCUGUAGAUUAGGUUCAGAAUAUCGAAAUUCUUUUGAGCACUAGCACUUUGUAAUUUAUUUUCUUAUUACUUUCCAAACAUUUGAUGCUGAGGUGAGGAGCUCCACAUGAGCGUGUAUAACCCUUUAGAAGGGAGAUUUUGUACAACAAUAAUUUUGGUGAUGAAAAUUUUGUUGUUAACUUGA